GUUAUCAAGUCGCCACUCGAAGUGGUUGGAUCGCAUAGCCCCAAUAAUUACAGAUACUGGAGUAGUCAAUCCAAUCCGUCCACUCAACUAGUCAGGUCGCGAGGAGUAUUGAGUUGUACAUAAAUAGUGCCACACUUUCCGUAGACUCGAUUCCAACCGGAAUGUUUGCAACUUGAGUUGCAUUAUCAGAGGUGCCAGAGAUAACCUCCACCCUGCUGCGUGGACUUGGACUCGGAUCAGAUCAGAUCAGAUUGGAUUGGAUCAGACAUCAUAAGGAAGUGGGAGGAAUCAGACAGUCUGCACAUUUAGCAGCCAGACGUAACAUCUCGAGCAAAGACCUCAUCAUUCAAACCGUUUCCCACCAAGACAUAAUACAUUCAUAGAAAGAUAAAGUAUCAUGAUCGGAAAACAGCGCUUAUGGCAGACCAGCGUGGUGGGUCUACUUUUGGCCAGCUUCAGUCUGUUCUCGGUGCUCUAUAUGGAGCAGAUUGAACGACGGAUGCUCGAGUGGUUCAUGGUGCUCCGGCCAGGAACAAUGAUCAGCAGCCUGUGGCAGUCACCGGCCAUGGACAUAAACGUCGAUCUGUACAUAUUCAACUGGACGAACUCGGAGAAGUUCAGCGAUCCCACAGUGAAGCCACGGUUCGAGGAGCUUGGUCCCUAUCGCUUCACCGAGCGGAUGCAGAAGGUCAAUGUGGAGUGGCACGAUGAGAACUCCACGGUAUCCUAUCGGCGUCGCAGUCGCUUUGAUUUCGAUCCGAAACUCAGUGCCGGACGUCCCUCAGAUCCCAUUGUGGCGCCCAACCUGCUCAUCGUGGGCCUGUACCAGAAGAUGGUCAUGUGGAGUCCCAUGCUGCGUUCCCUCAUGCUCUUGGCCCUGAAUAUCUACGGCAAGGAGCAGGCCAUGAUUCGGCCAGCCAGCGAUUGGAUGUUCGACGGCUUCGACACGCCGAUGAUCAAGAUGAGCAAAAUGGUGCCACCAAGUCUCGUGCCGGAGAUGAAGUUUCCCUAUGAGAAGAUCGGCUAUGCGUAUCCACGCAAUGGCAGCAUGGAAAUCUACGGGCAUCACAAUGUCUACACGGGACGGGAUGAGUUCCGAAAACUGGGUCAAAUAGCCAGGUGGCGAUACAACAAUGUCACCGAAGCCAGUCCCAGGUGCAAGUUGAAGGGCAGUGCCGGGGAGUUCCACCCAAUACCGCUGGUGAAGGGCAGACCCAUCUCCUACUUCCUGCCGGAUCUGUGCCGAGAGCUGCAGGUGGACUACUCCGGCACCACAAUCUUCGAGGGCAUCGAAGCUUACGUUUACAGAGGCAGUGCGCGCAACAUGGCAAAUGGUACUGAUAACCCGGAUAACAGUUGCUAUUGCCAGGAUAACUGCCAGGAGGUGAGAUCCGGUCUUCUCAACAUAUCCUCCUGUUGGUAUGGAGCGCCUGUCUUUGCUUCCUAUCCGCACUUCUAUAAAGCCGAUCCCUACUACGGAGAGCAGGUGGAGGGCAUGAAACCCGACAAGGAUCGACACGAGAUGGUCAUUAUGUUGGAGCCCAAAACCGGAAUGGUGCUGGAGAUCAAGGCGCGCAUUAUGGCCAACUUGCUGGUGGAGCCCAAAACACAUUUAAUCUACCGCACGGCGAGAAGAACAUUCUUCCCGUUGAUCUGGGCGGAUUACAAUGUCCGCAUCACAGAUGAUCUUCUGGGGUACGUGAAGCUAAUGCCGAUCCUUGAGUUUGUGGGCAAGAUCUGUGGCAUCCUGGGCGUGGUCUUGGGUGUGCUGAUGGUUUUCUGGUAUCCCCACCAAAUGAUCUGGCAGAAGAGCCUGAUGCACAAGAUCGAGAUUAGUUCCAUCGAGACAAAUAGGUCGUUGGAGCCCGUGAAGAAUAAUGAUGUGGAGGACUCGCCGCUGCUGAAAGGAUUGAAAUAUAUAGGGGCCAAAGAUGCGGUGGGAAAUGGAAAUUAA